UUUCACCCUGGACGGCAUGAGAACACAAAGGCAGCUCUUCGCCAUGAGGUCCUUCAUCACGCUGCUCUUAUCGUUGUUUCUGGCAUCGCACGGAUCUUCCGCCGUCAUCACAGGGGCCUGUGAGAGGGACUCUCAGUGUGGAGGAGGGAUGUGCUGCGCGGUGAGCUUGUGGAUCCGCAGCCUGCGUAUGUGCACGCCCAUGGGACGCGACGGCGACCACUGCCAUCCUCUGAGCCACAAGGUUCCUUUUUUUGGGAGGAGACUCCACCAUACGUGCCCCUGCCUGCCCAACCUUUCCUGUGUUGUCAUAGAGGACGGCAGGUCCAAAUGUCUCUCACCAUACAAAUAUCCAGACUACUUCCUCUGAAGACCAAUAUUUGUGCUCAUUCUAUCG